GCCGAUAGACCCAGGUUAUUGAUUGCAGUGUAAAUGAAAAUCUUUAUCAGAUUAGAGACUGUUCUCAGCUGCUGGCAGGCAGGCUCAGGCCCUCAGCGCUCUCUGGCAGGACAGUGGACAGCUGCAGUGGGCAAGGGUCUGUGGCCUGUGACAUAAACACAGUACAUUAAAGCACUAUCAGAGUGCCGAUAUGAGCCAUAUAUCUUUAAGCUGCAGAGAGGGGGGUGGUGGGUGGCUACAGGAGAGAGGGAGAGGAGAAAGGGUGUUGGAAGGAGGAGGAGGAGGAGGGGGUUGGUUGAAGGAGAAGGUGAAAGGGUACAUUAAGGUCUCUCCUUGAUUAAAAAAGGUCAGUAAUGAGAUUGUGGGACACACACAGAGUAGGAGAGAUGUAUCUGUCUCAUCUGGCAUCCAUCUGUCAGUCAGAGACCGGAGAGGAGGAGAGGCCCAAUUUCUAAUUUUUUUUUAGGAAGCUUCUGUAGUGAUGCAUGAAUUGUGCUGGUGAUUCAGAGUCUUUAUGAAACCUCUUUUUAUCAAAUUUUUGGAAAUUUUAUCAUUUACUCAAAUGUUUAUCAUUUCUUGUGUAUGACUAAAAUGAACCUAAUGAUUUCAAAAAAUCAGAAGAGGUGCAGUUUUAACAUAAAGAUUUUUAAACUUUGCUUGAAAAUAUUUGAUUUUUAAAUACACUCAACCUAUAUUAACGCAUUAAUGUUAAUGUAUGUGGGUGUGUUUCUACUGUGCAAGCAAUGGGGCUUAGGGGACUGACACAAUAUUAUACAAUGAGGACAGGUCAUAAUACACUGCCAUGUAACAUCACAAAAUAUUGCCUCAAAAAUGACCACAAAUCAAAAAAAAAUGUAGAAGCUUCACAAGUAUUUGUUGUAUUUUAGACUAAAUUAGAUUAUACAGGCAUUUAAUAUAUUAUCUCCACCCCUUGUGUUUGCACUGUGUGUUAUAAAAUGGCUUGUGCCUGACAUAAUAUCUCUGUACUAAUGCGUAGCAAAAGAUGUAGAGACUGAUACAAUGGCUUUAAAAACUGUUCUUUUAUCCGCUUUUAUCUAAGUGUGGCAAUUUAGUGGAAGCCCUUUAGCUCAGAAGCAUUCCGUUCUUUAUUUAAUCCUAUCCCCUGAGGAAUAUUAUAGACCUCCUGCGUAGCCCUUACCCGCAUUCCUCUACCUAGUUUAGUGCUCAUGCUAUUGAUUUUCCCAUUAAGGGCUAACGCUAACCCCUGAGUAACCAGCCUCUGUAUUGCGCGCUGUGAAGGCUGUAUUGAACAGAUGCUAUCCAGGGACUCUAAUCAAUGGCCUCCACUGUUAUGCAAUAUUAUUUACAUGACUCAUGUAUUUCAUUUUCUCCUCAUUUUUUCUUCCCUUUUCUUCUGUCUCUGUCUGCCCUGCUCUACUUUCCUCUUUCUCUGUAUCUGAAACUCACAGGUGGGGUAGUAAUGCGUGGCAGCUGUAGCCUCUGGUAUGGACAGCGGUGAGGGAGGAGGAGGGGAUGGAGGGGGAGGAGAGGAGAGAGAUGCUGACCUCAGUCCCCAGGCUUUAUCUCUUCCUCUCCUGACCUGUGCGGUCAUUCCCGAGCAGGGGUCAUCCUCUCAUACCUCAGCCAUGGCCCCUGCCAAAGAGCCCCUGACCCUGCCUCAGCAGGAGGAGGAGGGCGCAGAGGGGUCCCAGGCUAGAGAAGAGACCCAGGGAGGUGAGCAGAAAGAGGGAGGCCGGCUUUCACAGGAGAAUGGAGCAUGUCAAAAGCAGGGGAUGAAGGAAGACUUCGGGGAGGGAUAUUUGUCAGGGCAAAGGAAGGAAGAAGGGGAGGUGCAUGUAGGUGUAGGAGAGGCGUCAGUUACAGGGGGCCUCCCAGAAGCCCUUAGCAGCAGAGGCGGAGAGGAGGAGAAGGAAGAGGAGGAGGCCAUCUCAAACCAAAGCCAAACCAAAUCCAAAUGUUCUUUAUUACCUCAACAGAGCCAGCACAGCUCUUCUUCCAGCACUGCAAAGGCCAGUGGCACACUCGACAGCAAAAUAGCCACCUCUCCAAAGCCCUCCCCUUUUCUUUCCACCUCUCCAAAGCACUUCACUAGUCCGUCCUCCUCUUCUGCCCUGCUGAGCGAAACAGAGGUAAAAGACAUUAAGGGAGAUCAGGGCUGGAUUUCUGGGUUUCCUCAGAGCUUUAAAUCCCAGCAGUCUACUCUGGCUUUUCCACUGGCAGGUACAGAGCCUGCCAGCACACCUGCUGAGGAUGAUGGGCCGGCAGGGGUUCCUCACUCUUCCAUUUCCAAUGGAGAUGGUGCCAAAGCUCCAGAACCAAAUGACAGCCAGCUAGACACGGAGGUGGAUGACGAGAGAGACAAAGAAGGAGAACAGAAAGAAGCUGUCCUUAAAAACCUCAACCAAGAACUCUCUCCUAAUUCACUGACUAGUCACAUGACCAUAAUGCACUCACGCAAUUCCUGCAAGACCCUGAAAUGCCCCAAGUGUAACUGGCACUAUAAGUCUCAGCAUACACUGCAAGUCCACAUGAAGGAGAAACACCCGGAGACGGGAGGCCAGUGUGUGUGUGGCACCCCCGGGGGGAAGUGUGUGUGUGGCGGUGCAACACGAGGUGUGUGUGGGUAUUGCAGUUCGGGGAAACCCCACCCUCGCUUGGCCCGUGGUGAAACCUACGCCUGCGGCUACAAACCAUACCGCUGUGAGGUGUGUGACUAUGCUACCUCAUCGAAAGGCAACCUCAGCAUACACAUGCAGUCGGAUAAACACCUUAAUAACGUUCAAAAUGGAGGACACUCAAACGGUCACAUGCACACCUCUCACACUACCAACAACAGCAGCUCCUCCAAUGGUCACACGGUGGAUGAGCCGGCAUACAAGCUCCCACUCUCUAUUCCCACGCCUACUACCCAGCCUGCCAAGCUCACACCACCUGCACACUCUCACUCUCACGGUAAGCGGUGGCGAUGUGAUGUGUGUGACUAUGAGACCAGCAUUGCCCGCAACCUGCGCAUACACACCACCAGCGAGAAACACACACAUAACAUGCUACGGCUCCAGAGAGGUUACUAUCUGUCUCACUGCAGGAGCCUUGCACCGCAGCUUAAACACCUACAAAAUACAAGUGCUGAGCUUUCCCUGAGCAUGCGACUAACCGGUCAACAAGUCACAGAACAGCCAGUCACUCUUGGGUCUACGCUGACUCCUUCUCCCUCCCCCUCCCCGUCCCCCCCUCCAGCCCCAUCUCUGUCCCCCACCGGACCGCUCUCUCAGGGCGUGUUCCAAUGCCUUGUCUGCUCCUGCUUUUCGUCCGACAGCUUAGAGUCUGUGGAGCAGCACCUGAACGCCCCUCGCUCCCUCCCCCAGUCUGAGUGGUGCUCCCUGGUCGCCGGUGGCUGCCACUGCAGACUGUGUGGCUACACCACCCCACUGAGGGCCAACUUCUCCUUGCACUGCCAGACUGACAGACACCGCACCCGCUACCAGCUCGCUGCUCACCUCCAGGAGGGUGGGGACAGGGGUCAGGAGGGGGCCGCCCUUAUUGCUAAGGGCAACCCCGUCCAGCUGAGGUGCAACCUGUGCGACUACGUGACCAGCAGUUUGGAGAAACUACGAGGACAUUCCCUGAGUUCACACCACGAGGCCAGCGUCCGGGUUUACAGAUUCCUGCAGCAGUAUGAUGGUGAGGUGGAUGGAGGUUCGUGGCUGUUCCAUUGUCUCCUAUGCAACCACUCCUCCUCUUCUAAACUCCAAGUACUCAAACACAGUCAAACCCCGACCCAUCAGCAGAGGGAAGGGCUACUGCAGCUACAGCCAAUGGGUGGAGAGGAGCUGGCAGCCAUUUUUACCAUCAGGAAAAGCCCUGAUGGUGUCACAGGAGAACUCAGUGAGGAUAUGGAAACUUCCAGUGAGACCACCACUGGUCCUUUGGAAACAACCAAAGACACAUGUAACUUGGGGGCAAAGCAGAUUUCUGAGGAGACAGAAGAAACUAAGGGGGAGGAAAGAGAAAAGAGGGAGCCAUUGCCCUCUGUCAAGCGUCCAUCUUCUGGAUGCAGGGAAAUGGAAAACUCCAUCUCAACCAAACGCCCUAGAAUACACCAGCAAAAUGAGAACCAGCAGACUGUCCAGUGCCCUUUGUGCCAGGUUAAACUCCCAUACACACACCUUCGACAGCAUCUUACACAUGUGCACAGUGUGGCGCAAGACUGCGUGGACAAGCUCAUCAGCGCAGUCACACCACCCAUGGAACAACCACAGCCUCAGCUGGAGACUGAAGUACAGACUGACUCGUGCACAGAUGAUAUUCAGAAAAAUAAAAUCGCCAAGAACAACAAUGCAAAUAGUUCCCAUACUGCUGAUUCUGUUGCCUCUGUUGAUUCACAGAAAAACAAAGGCAUUUCAGUGGCAAACACUGAGGGAGAUGUAGCCGCACCCAAAGAUGUCACAGCUCUACUUACCCCACCCCUAGAAGACAACACCACUCACCCUUCCAAUGGCAGACUGGCUCCUCAGUCCCCGACUCAGAUCCCCCCCUCCUCACCACCCACCUCCCCACCUAGCGAUCCCCCUUCCCUCUCUGAUCGCCAUGGUUACCGGUUCCGUUGCAGCAGGUGCAGUCUGGCGUUCCCCACUCAGGAGAAGCUCCAGCUGCACUGGCAGUACCAUGCCAUGAGGGCGGCGACAGAGUGCCCCCUCUGUUCUAGACAAUGCCGCAGUCAGGAGGCCCUGCAGAGACACAUGCAGAACACACAUUCACAGCUAGACAACACACAGGGGCAGAAUACACUCUUACCGCCUCAUACUACUCAAUACAUGGAGCAUAAUAAGAGUUCAGUUCAGCAAGAGUUUAGCUUAUCGCCUCAAGUGGGUCAAGAGGCUGGAGAGGGCGAGGAUGAACAGGUAGAGGAAGAAGCACUGGGCAUGGAGGGAAAGGAGGAACAAAAAGAAGUUAAAAUUAAAGAGAAGGACAUGGUUGCUGAAGUUGAUGGAGGUGAGGAAGAUUUAACUGAGCCAGAGAAAGAGCAACAUGAGGAGAUGAUAUCAGAGCCUAGCUCUCUUCUCAAAAAGAGCUCUAACCCUACAAUGGACCGCUAUCUGGAUCCAUCCAGGCCCUAUAAAUGCACAAUAUGUUCAGAAUCUUUUACUCAAAAAACCAUUCUUCUGGUCCAUUUUAACUCUGUGUCCCAUCUCCACCGAGCCAGAAGAGCCCUGCAGGAUUCUGGCGCAGGUGUUGCUGCCCCUGAGGCUCCCCGUGGCCCAGAUCCUAGACCCUACCGCUGCAAACUCUGUGGCGUGGGCUAUAGCCAGAGCUCCACACUAGACAUACACCUUCGCUCUGUCCUUCAUCAGACUAGAGCUCGUGCUGCCCAGAAUCCAGCUCCACAGACUCCAGCAUCUACUGUAGCUGUUCCAGUGUCAGUCUCCACUACUGCUACUCAGCCUGCUAACACCAGAGAAGAAAUAUCCAAGAGUUUGCCUUUCACCAAGAGGCCAGAUGUCGUAAGCUCUUCAGCAUCUUUGCUUUUAGGACCUGGGUUAGCGGCCGAGGCCCAGCCAACCCUCUCUAACCCAACUGACAGCCAGCAGGCUAAAAGGAGAGUGGCAGAGCUUCUAGCAUCACGAAACCAGCUAAUGCUAAUACAGCAGCAGCAGUUAGCCCAAGUUCAGGCACAGGCCCAAGCUCAGUUACAACAACACACAGCUCUCCUGCAGUCCCAAGUGAUACAGCACCUUCCCUUAGGGCCAGAUAAUCUCCUUAAACAACACUUCCCCCUGAGUCCAGACAACUUGCUCUCUCUGCAGCAACAGCUUCUUCUGCCUUUUUACUUGUCAGGAGACAUGAAACUUGACAUGAGCCCAGAACUUGGUCAGUUAAUAUCUGUCAACUCCAUCCCAAAAGAACAGGUUAAGGCAGAGGCUAAAAAUGAGUUCCCAGCUCAAGGUGAUGAGAAACAAAUCCCGAAACAAAGUUCAAACUCAGCUGUUAACCAACCUAAGGAUCAUGUGCACUGUGAAGCCAAGGUUGAAGCAGUCUGCAGCAAUUCUUGCCCCGAGAAAGAAAAGGAAGAAAUACAAGUUCCUGCUGUUAAAAAUGAGAGUCAGAAGGAGGAAACUGAUUCCUCCUCAUUUAAUCUUCAUGGACAGCAGUGUCCUCCUCCCAGAGUGCCCUAUGCUGCUGCGAAUGGGGAGCCUCUUAGAGCCCUGCUGCAGAGUUACGGCUAUGAGUUGGCACUGCAAUAUACACAAAGUAGACACAGACACCAGCAGCAGAUAGCAACUCAAAUGACACCUGAUAAACCUGACCGUAACCAGAUGGAGGUAUGCUUAGAGGAGGAAAGAUAUGAGUUAAGUGAACUAAAGGAUGGGAAGAUUGAAGGCUGUAACAAGGAUAAGGUAGUAGAAGUCAAUGGAGAGAGAGAUAGCCUGCCACAAGAGAGAAGGCAGAACAGAGAUGAGGAAUCAGAGAAAACAUGCUGUGGAGGUGGAGAAAAGUGUAGAGACUGUGGCAAGUUUUUUUCAGAUGCCUUGAUUUUAAAAAGCCACCAGGAGUACAUCCACAGGAUGCUGUUUCCUACUGCUGCACUGGAGAGGUUUUCCAGGAAAUACAGGCUGCAGUAUGACCAGAUGUACCCAAUCACACAGCCUAAAUCUGGGGAGAAUUCAACUACUUGCUCCCAAGCUGCAGCCUCGGCCCCAGUUCCAGACACAUCCUCCGAAUCAGAAGCAGCAACAGAGUCAGCUAAGCCUCAAGUUAAAACGCUGGCACCCUCACCUGUACCCUCAGUUUCAGAUCCCAUAACCAAAACAUGUGCUACUGCUACAGACCUAACAUCAACUGCCCCUGCAGUUUCUUCUCCUUCAUCCCCUUUGCAACCUCAAGAAUCUCCACAACAGGAGACACCCAUCCCAGGCACAUCUGCUUCAGCUACUUCUCAAACCACAUCCCCAGCAAAGUCCAUACCUCUUCCCUUACCUAAAAUACCUAUGCUGCCUCUAUCCUUGCCCCAGCUUCCAAUACCCUCACUGCCUUUAUCCAAGCUUCCCCUACCACCAAUUCCUUUUCCAAUGGAGCUACCUCUCCUCUCUCCAGUUGUAAUGCAGUCUGUGGCUCUCCAGUCUCAACCUUGGUUAGACUCAAGUAUGAACCCUGAACUAGCAAAACUCUACCAAUCUCAACUCAACCCAGCACUGCUGGGGCAACAGCCACAGGUUAGUCCAGCUUUGCUUACCCCACAAUCCCAGCUCAGUCCGGCUUUGCUCAGUCAGCCUCCACAGCUUAAUCCUGCAUUGCUGGGUCAACCAUCCCAACCCAGCCCCAUUCAAACAGGCCUACAACCCCAAGUCAGCCCAACAACACUUGAACAGCAGCAGGGUAAGAGAACUCGAACACGAAUCUCUGAGGAGCAAUUGACUGUUCUGAGGAGACACUUUGAUAUUAACAGCCUCCCAAGUGAUGAAGAGAUUAACAAGAUGUCUGCUCUGUCUGGUCUGCCUCACAAAGUCAUCAAACACUGGUUCCGCAACACCCUAUUUAAAGAGCGCCAGCGAGACAAGGAUUCCCCUUAUAAUUUUAAUAAUCCCCCAACCACAGCCUUGGAGGAGUGCAGAGAGGAAGUAGCACAAAACCAAGCUCUCACACUUUCUCCAUGCUCACUGUCCCCAGGCCUCUCAGCUAACAUCUCCCCACAGUCUCAGACAACAGACCUCCAGAGAGGAGAGCCCCAUAGGGGUCGGCGUUCUUCCCGAACCCGCUUCACGGAGCAACAGCUGGAGACCCUGCAAGGGGUGUUUGAAGCCACUCCCUACCCCAGAGAGGAAGAAUAUGACAGAUUGUCUGCUCUGUUGUCUCUCCCUAACAGAGUAAUAGUCGUAUGGUUCCAAAAUGCUAGACAGAGAGCCCGUAAAAAUCAAGACCGGGGGACAGAUGAGGGAUUAGAAGGGAAGAGCCACCUUGAUAAUAUUCACAGACCGAGAAAUGGCUGCCUCAAGAAUGAUGAUGAUAACGAGGAUAACAGCUGUGGAGAUGAUGGACAAGGUGACUCUCAGAAUGAAAACUCCAUGGAUCUGACUUAUGAGUAUUACACCCACCCUGACUCACCUGUCCUUGACACAUCCAAUAACUGCACAGAAAGUGAGCAUCAAACAGCCAAAGGUGAACCAACACAUGUAACAGGGAAACAAGAGGAUAAAACAAUUUCUCCUCAGGCUGACAAAAGCCCAGCUCUUGUUCAAACUCAAAAUGGAAUUUCUGAUGCAGACAUCCAGCGUAAGGAAAUUGUUCCGGCCUUGAAAACAGGGUCCUCUUUGCAACCUGAGCCCAAGCUGCAACCAGAAAGUACCCCAGAAAGAUCCCAACCUUGCUCUUCCUCCUAUUCACAAAAAACACUACACGUCAUCCCAUCUAUGUCUCAUUCCAGCCAGGGGCAUACUCACAGUCCCCCCUCUGAUCAAACUCUUGAAAAACCUGCUGAUCCAUCACCCAGCCUCCCCUCUGCUCCAGAGUCUGAAACAAGCCACGCUUGGCUGCCUGAUGCCACCUCUGGCCUAUCUGCUGAAACCCAGCCACAAACCCAGCUCCAACUCCAAACCCAGGCUCAGUUCCAGUGCAGUCUCUGUCCAGUGUCCUUGCCAUCAUUCCAGCUGUGGCAGGAGCAUCAAACCAGGCACCUCCUGGCAGCUCAGUCCCAGGUACAACUCCUCCACUCUGGCUUCCCAGACCGGACCAUGCCUUACAUGAUGCUUCACCCCAACCACACCCUGAUGGCCAGCCAAAUGCUUUCAGGUGCUAUGUCUCAGAUGCAUCCUAAUCCCACACAUCCUAUGGUUUCACAUUUAAACAGCAUGCAACUUAAGAACGCACUCUCUGAUCACUCGAGUAAUGUCCUCACCAGCCUCUCUCAAAGUUCCCUGACCCCUAUGAAGCAGAGUGCAAAGCUCAUAUCAGAAACCAGUAUGGAAGGCCAGAGGGGUGGUAGAGAGGUUGAAGAAGAGCACAGAAGAGAUAAGCGCCAGAGAACCACCAUCACCCCAGAACAGCUUGAAGUGUUGUAUCAGCGCUACAGCUUGGACUCUAACCCCACCAGAGGAGUCCUGGAAAGCAUUGCACGAGAUGUGGGCCUUACAAGACGUGUGGUUCAGGUCUGGUUUCAGAAUACUCGAGCCAGAGAAAGAAAAGGACAGUUUCGGUCAAUGGGGCCAGGAUCCAGUUUCAGCUUGGGUUUGAACCACCUGCGUUGCCCAUUCUGCAGGGCUCUGUUCAAGGUAAAGAGUGCUCUGGAUGCCCAUAUGAGGUCACGUCAUUGGGCAGAGGCUGAAAGAGCAGGCUACAACUUAUCAACGAGUAAUGGAUCCAGUGGGCAGAUUGGGAUGGCUAUGUCAUCUGUCAUGGACAGACCAGGGCCAUCUGUCUCCUCCAACCCUAUCCCAAACCUUGGCUAUGUCAUCAGCAACAAAGAGUUAACUGUGAAGCCACCUGUGACCUCUUUGUCCUCAACCAUGGAUUUGAACAACCCAGAGGAGGAUGAUGACUAUGAGGAAGAUGAUGAGGAGUACCCAUGUGAGGAGGGUUCCAGUAUGGCUGACCAAGACUCUCCUAGUCCUGAGGGAUCUGGGGGUCCAAGCUCAGAUUGGGGUGAGACGCAAACUCUGCAGCAGCACCACCACCAUCAGCAGCAGCGCCAAAGGACACAGAUGAGUCACUUCCAGAUACUCCAGCUCAGAGACUUCUACAGGAGCCAUCGUACACCCAAUCGGCAUGAGUGUGAGGCACUGGGCCAGGAGUUGGGACUGCCUCACCGUGUGGUGCAGGUGUGGUUCCAGAACGCCAGAGCCAAGGAGAAGAGGGCCAGGAGCCUGAGCUCUGACUCUGCAGAGAGGGAACAGGCUGAGCUGUCUGCAGGAGCAGGGGAAAGAGACAGAGCUUAAAGAGGCAGACCAAGGUCCCCUUGCUUCCUUCUACUCUAGUUUUCCCCCAAACCCCUCCUGCACCUGCUGUCAACCUCUAAACAUACACCCUGUCCACUUUGCUGCCAAACCUGUAACCUGAACACCCCAAAGAUGCAGAGCCACAGUGGCCCAAAGAGAAACUCUCUCAACUGAAAGUAGGAGAGAGCCCAAACCAAGCCCUCUCUACCACAGCUUUCCUCUUUUCAUAUUGUUCUUAAACUCUUCCCUGGUCUGUCCUUUCUUGUUGAAAAGAGCUCCUCUCUCUAUUCCGUCAGACACCUUACUACAACCAAACACCAACUUGAUAAAAACCAACCAGAUGCCACAGAGGCCAAAGAGCAUUCUCCAAGUAUGUGACCUCACUGCCCAGCUAGACCUGCAGUCUACCUCUCAGUCUGCAUGACAGACUCACAGUGGGCCCUCCACCAGACAGUGCUAGAUGACUAGCUGUGUAGCAUGUAGUGCCAGUCUGUGCAAGACUGGAAAAUAAACUGUCAAAGAGAUUUUAGUGUAAAUAGAGAGCUCCAAAAGAUAAACUUGAAGAAAAACAAAGCAGUUAACAGUGGAUUAAGAAGAAGAAGGAAAAAAAGGAAUAAUACCCUUGAAAUAGACUGAGGUAUUCGCAUAGAGCUUUUGUAAAGACUGACUCAGAUUCCAAAGCUCGUAACCAAAAUUUUACAUGUCUGUGGAUUUAGUUUCAACAUGUUUGUUUUCAAUAACAAACUGCAGAGCUGACGUCUGUACGGUGAAGGGGUGAGAUCUGCAGCUGGCAUAGGUAAGCCCGGUACCGAUAGACUGAUACGGUGCUAGGAUGCAGCUUCACCCUCCACAAGCCAAUGAUGAGUCUUCUGUUGUACAUGUACACCUUCUAUAUUCCUUUAGUGGAUAACAGCCCAAAUAGCACAGAACGUAAAGGCCAGUUUGUCCUGAAAGGGGCAAACUAUUUUUUAUAGCACUCAACCAUUAUGCUGUAUAUGAAAACUUUAACCAAACUCAAAUUUACAUUGUGUGUGUUUAGUAAUAGUUUCUUAAUAUAAAUCUUAUGGAUUGAGAUAAACUGUCUUGCUUCGAUAUAAUAGUGUCAUGAUUAUGAAAAGAUUAUGACAGCUUUGAUAUGUUCAGGCAAGGUGACUUACUGCCUUUCCAUUCUAUUUGAAUAUACCAAUGGCUUACCAAUGUUAUGUGAUUAAUGUAAAGCUUUCUAUGCUCAGGUCAACAGCUCAACAUGGCUCCGCUUCAAAUGUGAUCUUAAUACUGUAUUUUUCUGUUUUUAAAACAGAAUACACAUGGUUUAACCUUGGACUAAGUAUUAAAAAAGAUAUCUACAAAAACAUCUCUGUAUUUCAAAGAUCUGAGCUUUUCACCUUUGAGUAAUAGAUUGUUACAAAAACCUUAUUGAAACUAAAGUGUUUAAUAGUGUGAGGGGUAAAUGUACAGUAUUUAGCUUUUGUAUGGUUGACUCAAGACUUCAUUGGAUGUUUGAGACAUAGCUCCCUUUUCCACUUACAGAUAGGGAGCUACUGCGCAAAGCUGAGAAAAAAAAACUUUGGAUGUUAUUGAUGUUAUUUUUGUACACUUAAUUUAUUUUCCCUCUUUAUCCCUCCCUUCCUGCUUUCCUCUUUUUCUCUCUACCUUUCUUCCUCUGUUCAUUUGCAACCAGUCCUUAUUCUAACUGUAAUAAUGAUAAUAUAACAAUAAUAGCUAAACAAUAAUUAAUGCUUUAAGACAAAAAUCCAAAGACGUGAUAAUACUUUAACCAUAUGACCUACAAAAAUAAGCGCUACUGUUUACUUGACGAUGUACUGCUGUUUUUAAAGAAGGAAGGAGUCCCUAUAUCUAAGCUACUGUUUUCUGCCUCUCAUAAGCACACUGGAGACUGUAACCAAAACCCCAAACUAGAGCCAUGGCAGUCUGUAAUAUAGCGGUUAAAGAGUUUUACUUCUCUUGAGAAAUGUUGCAGUUUAUUUUUCUUUCUUUUUUACCAUAGUGUUGAACUUCAGCCCUUAAGGAUGUCCAGUUUGCUGCUAAUGUACUGUAGUUUCUAACGAUACUGUAGAAAGAUGCAUGCUCUGAUCGCUUUACCACUAGGCUUUAAUGACUACAAACUGUAAUGAUACCUGUGAUGCUGUUGAUAAACUGCUCCUCUGUUAUUCUGUUGAAAACAAAUGGAUAUGUGGGGCUCAAUUCCAUCAAGUUUGUUUUCAGUAUCCUGUUAAUUACCCCUACUCAGAAGAUAAAAAUGGCUUUCGUAAUACUAGAAGUAUUUUUUCACCCUUCCAGUUUCAGAGAAACCUGCUUGGGGCAUUAAUUUCUCAAUACUUAUGGAGGUACUGCAUAGCUAUUUGAAGGAGUUCAGCCCCAAACCUUCCGCUGGUAUGGUGUCAGUCUUUUCUGUGUUGCAAUGUCUCUAGUCCAUUUCUCCAGCUAAAACAGCUUUGCUGAACUCAGACUGACAUCACAGCCUAUCUUCCAAAGGAUGUGGACUGACUGAUAACUCUGUCAUGUUUUGUUCUUAAACUAACCAAUGUUUACGACAAUACCAAUGAGCUUUCUUCUGUACAGAAAUGUGCAUUCCAAAUACCACAAAGGCAGUUGUUUUGUAUACUGAUUAUUUUAAAUUUAAUUUCUCUCAUAUUCUCUUGAUCUUAGUGACUGUAAGAUGUACAUAUUGGGGUCCUCUAUGGUGAAGGGACUCUGUUAUCCUUACUGUAGGUAAAAGUAUUCUUUUCAUUUUUUUCUGGAUAUGUUGUUGCCAUAGUGAUGACCAAAAAGAUACCUGUGAUGUGCACCUGUCCUUAUGUCCUGCUCCAGUGGUUUAGUGUGUCUCUAUUCUCUCCUUCCCCCAGUUCUCCCUUACUGGUGUGUGUUUCUCUUCCUUUCCUUCCCCAUACUCCACUGAGCUAAUAAAGUCUGCUUUGGUGCA